AUGAAUAUGUUCAGUCGGUUUGGAUAUCCACGCAAAAGGCCAUACGAACCAUUGUUCGAUGAUGUCAGCAAUAGAGUUUCUAAGAGACGUAACUCAGACGAUUCACAAAAUAGUGCUGAAUUAUCAGUAAAGACGCAAUUCAACAAUAAUACUCAACUUCCCACUCCAGAAGUUUCUCCAAUUAAACCAAGUGGGGUGCUAGAGAGAAAAUUCUCAGAAUUGAAUCUCAUUAAACAUAUUCCAAAAACAGAAGAUACACAUCAAAUAUUCAAGAUUCCUGAAAUUCUAGCGAAUAUUCUUAAAUUCGUACAGCUGCAAGAUUACUGUGAAUCUGAUAAGCAUGCCAAAGAGAUAAAGACUCUGCUCCGGGGCAGAAAUGCUCCACAAUCCUAUAGACAUUGUUUGAUGAUGUAUCAGAAUGAGGAAGUUGCAAAACACAUUUGGAAUAAACUAACAGAAAAAUCCUCACAAACUACAACAAAUAAUGACUCAAAUACUCUAUACAAUUGUCUAUCAGUCAACAAAUUAUGGUACUAUCUUGGUGCCCCAAUGUUUUCUGAACAGAUUGUAUUUGAGAAUGAAGACAUGUUCAGAAAAUUUUUAAUAAAUCUAACAACACCAAUAAAACCAAAAUCCAUUAUCAUUAAAAAUAUACGUUCAACUGUCGAUUACACCACUUAUUUAUUAAACCCAAAUUUAAAUCUAUCAGAAGUGACCCAUUUAGAAUUGAAAUUAUGUCACUAUUUUGUUCCACCAGUACAAUGGUUUAAAAAUCUAACAAAGUUAGAGACGUUAUCAUUCCCAGGAAGCAAAAAAAUCAGCGAUAGGUAUUUAUUUGAGGUCCUAAUGGAUGGGUCAUUAAGCAAUCUGAAACAUUUAGAUUUAAGGGCCUGUGAAAAUGUAACAGAUGCAGGAAUCGUUUAUGUAGCAACAAAAUGCCCUCAAUUACAAUCGUGCAAUUUAGGGAGACACAAGUCUGGAGAAUCGAUAACUGGUGUCUCAGUGGCAGCAUUAUCCAUGCAUACAAAUAUUGAAACGCUGGGUCUAACCGGAUGUAACAUUAACGAUGCUGCCAUUUGGGAAUUGGCUAAUACAUGUGGAAAAAACAUAACGAGAUUAGCAAUAAACAAUUGCAAACUUUUAUCAAACUUGAGUUUGAGAAUAAUUACAAAUUAUACAUAUUUUCCAAACUUAUCAGUGUUGGAAAUAAAAAACGUCCCGGGAUUCAUUGAGGUGAAAAGUCUUGUAGUCUUUAAAAAUUGGAAACAUUCAAUAAAACGCCCAUUUUUAUUAGAAACUUGCGAAAGAGUGAAUAAAUUAAUACAGACUGAAGAAUCAAAAGUAAUGAGAACUAAUUCAUUGACUGCCAUACGGGAUAUGACAGAAUGGGUCAAUGAAAAUAUUGAAGACAAAUGUUAA